AUGGCUGCGAUGAACAACAUUUCUGAGUUGAAACCUUUCAAGUCAAUGUGGAAAGUUAAGGGUGAUAAGAUUCAUGGGACUGUGAAGAAGGAUGAAGUGGGACAAUUCACCCAUGUGCUGCAGCAGGGACAAACGAAAGUCCAAAUUAAUUUUACGGUCACCCAUUCAAGUGGUUCUUAUUGGACAACCAAACAUCCAUACAAGGUGGUUUUCCUUCCUACAACCCGUGUCAGGAUAUGUGAGGUGUUGCCUUACAACAUGACUGGAUUGGAGCCGGUUAAUUACCAUGCGGUACUCAAUGGGAAGCUCGAUCCAGACUUCUUAGUUGAUGUUGUCGGCCAAGUUGUUGAAGUGUCCCACAUUGAAGUUGUGUCUGUCAAUGGCAAGGACACCCAGAAGAUCUCUGUGGAACUGUGUGAUACUGAGGAUGAACGUCUCCCCCUGGUGUUAUGGGGGAAGUUUGCGGAGGAUAUCAGUGAUGCAGUUCAGUUGCGUUCUGAGAACAUAGUUAUUUGUGUUCUGAGGUUUGAUGAGCGUAGUAUCUCCAAUGCAUACAACGUCUCCGAUGUGUCAGUAAACCCAGAGAACAUGGCUGAGGUCCAAGCUUUCAUACGUUUGCUACCAAAAGAUGAUUUGAAAUUGUCUAUUGUUGACUCUAAGCCGCUUGCGUUGGCGAAUGGUGUGUCUAAAAACGAUGACUUUUUUGUGCACACACCUAGGAAGACUAUUGCUGAGGUGCUUGAAUCGAAGCAGGUGGAGAAGUGUAUUGUAAUGGCCACAAUUGCGGGUAUCGACUCUGACAUGGGUUGGUACUACCUGAGUUGCAAGGUGUGUGCCAAGAAGGUAAUUACAGUGCCGAAUGACAACUGUGAUGAUGGAGAUGAACACGAUGUUCUUGCAUGCAAUUACUAUUGUCCCAAAUGCAAGAAUAACAGCCCCAAACUAUUGCCAAGGUACAAGUUGCAUUUGGUUGUUCUUGACAAUACCAAUGACUGCAAGUUUCUCUUCUUUGAUAAUCUGGCACUGCAACUGCUGCACCAACCAUGUAUUGAGCUCACUGGUCCUAUUACUGAUGAGAUUCAGGAUCCUGAUGUGUUGCCCCCCAUUCUGAACGAUUUAAAAGGAAAAUCUUUUCUUUUCAAGAUUGGGAUUGAAAAGGAGAAUUUUAUUUACAAGCAUGACACAUUUAAGUUCCUAAAGAUUAUCACAAAUCUUGGAAUGAUAAAUGAGUUUGAAGCGGCUCAAUCCACUACAAGAAAUAUGUACAUUCUUAGCACACGAUAA